CUCCGCCAUAUUGAAAUUUAAGAAUUACUAUUUUAUUUUAAUGUUCGUUCUUGACUACGACCGUUUAAAACUAUGUGUUUAUAAUACAAUAAAGUUAUCGGCAGUAAAUGAUAACAUUUCGAUUAUCUCGUUUCAUUGAGCUUAAAAUGAGGUUAAUAUUGUGCCUUAAACGUAGGCAAUGAUUAAUGUUUUCGCAAAAGACUCGACUUUAUUUAUGUAAAUUAGAAUGAAUAAGUGUUGUGUGACGUGCUUCUGGUCGAGUGUUGUCAUUUGGAGCCAUAGAGGAGCUUAUGGUGGCUGUUGACACUUUUAAUAAAAAGUUUAUGGCUGUGUGAAUUAAGUGAUAAGUGAUUACUAAGAUGCCUCCAAGACCUCCGCCACCUCCUGGGCCUCCGCCCCCGCCAGGGCCUCCACCGCCGCCUAUUUUCGGUGCAACAAAAUCGGCUUCAUCUGAUGAUAGAGGCGCCCUUCUUAAUUCCAUAAGACAAGGAGCAAAAUUAAAAAAAACAGUAACAGUGGACAAGAGUGGACCCUAUAUCCCUGGGAAAGUUUCAAGUGUAUCUAAUAGUGGCCCUGUUGGUAAUGGAGUAAGGAGUGGAGGCAGUGUUCCCAAUGGUGGUGCUAUGCCUGGUCUGGGAGGGUUGUUUGCGGGGGGCAUGCCAAAGCUACGACCUACAGGAAAGUCAACAAGCAAUGUUGGAUCUUCUUCAAAUGGCCUAGUCAGAACCGGCAGUGGUAAUGUGCCACGAUACAAUCCCCCCCAACCACAUAAGUCGCCGGAAAAGACAAGGUCAUAUGGUUCCCCUAGUGGGAGCCUUGUAGCAGCUAUAUCAGAAGCGUUAGCGUCAAGGGAAUCACCUAGAGACACAAGUGACCAUUCGCCGAGAGAAGCUCCCAGAGAUCCUCCACCAGCCAGGCCUUCAAUAAGGCGGCAACCCAGCGAGGUCAAGACAAGAGGGCCGCCGCCAGAACCUCCCGUACAAAAGCCCCCAAUCCAUCUGAGUUCGUCGGAGUCUAUUCUCGUGUCGGAUCGCACGAGCCACCCCCAGCAGCCUUCAGAACAAACACUGCCUACCAACGUGGCGACUACGCUGCAUCGCAACAGGAGUUCCCUGCACUCCGGACCGCAGACUUCGCUGGGCGGGUCGAUGACGUCACUAACAUCAGCUCCUCCCACGCCCACUCCGGCCGCGUCUCUGUCCACCUCGGACCUGUCGGAGCGGCCGCGUGUCAACCACGGUAAACCCAACCUGGCGCCAAAGCCCCCGACCAUUGGCACCGCUCCCGACCGGCCUUCACCGCCUCCCAAGAAGUUGCUGGUCAAUGGCAAGUUGGCGGCGAGAGCGCAGAGUAUGAGGGUGCCGAGAUCUCCCCCGGUGUCCCCGCCGUCUCCGCCGAGUCUGUCCCGGCCGCCGCAGCCUCCCCCCGCGCCCGCACACCCCCCCAUCGGCACUAAGAACCCGGCCUCGCAUUUUGGCACGUUGAGAGCUCCGCGCGGGAUGCGUCCCCCCGCGGUGUCACCUCCGCCGCCGCCGCCCACUCGUACCGGCUCACUCGCUCCGCCGCCGCCUCCGCCGCACUACAGUUCGAGCAGCGAGGAAGGAGGCAAUGCGCCCGCUCCGCCUGUGCGCGGGUCUUCGAUACGCGGCGCCGCGGCCGAGUGGGAGGCGCGGUUUGCGGAUUUGUUCCGGACUCCCGCUGCCUUCCCGCCACCCGACCCCUUCCUGCGCAUCGCCAAGGGCUACAGCAGCGCGCAGGUGAGCAAGGCGCAGGCGCCGCCUCCGCCACUUAAGGUCCCGCUGGACGGUUGGUCGGGCACGUCGAGCGCCUGCUAGCGACCGCCGGGGGCGUCCGCCCCCGCCAACACACACUUGGCAUCCACAUCACACCUCAUCCCCGAC